AUGGAGAGCAAAGGCAUUCCUCCCACCCCAUCAACUGACAUGACCGAAGCCGAACGAGUACGCGCCGACUGUCGCGAGCUUUACCGCCGUGAACGGUUGUCCUCCACCCAACUCCUCGAACUAGAAACAUCGCUCACUUCCUCCUCUUCCUCUCCCGACGCCAUCCGCAAACGCGUCUCAUCGCUCCUUUUGCACGACUUCGACUUGACCAUUGAACGCAUGCGACUAGAGCGCAACGAGCACGAACAAAAGUCGAUCGGCGUCUCCGAGCUCGCAGCUGUCGCUGCAGGCGGCGCUCUGGGUGCAAUUUCCGCCUGGAUGCGGCCAACAGCUAACCUGACACAACCGACGCUCUGGACCAGUGCGGUGGACAAUGCCGUCGCCACUUUGAACGUGGCCAAGCACAAGCGGAGCGUGCAGCAGCUCCGGCUGCAGUUAAUGAGCGGCGACGUGGCCACCUGCCGCCACGUCGUGCUCUGCAUCAACGGCUUCAUGACCCAGAGUGACGACCCGGGUCGCAACUGGCGCUCUUGGACACCCGACGACCAACCGGACGUCGCGGUGUUUGCCGUGCACUGGGAAGCCGGCGAUGCCGGUGCCUGGAAUGACUUUUGCGCCCACGUGAACGCGAACUUUGCCACCUCGUCGGCCUUGGGUAUGCUCACCCACUUUACAGGCAACCCGUGGCACAGUGCCCAGGGAAAAGCCGAGCAGGUAGGCGUGCUGCUCGCGCACGUCCUGGCUGAAAGUCCGGCGCUAUUGCGCGACCGGAAGCUCUCCCUCUUUGGCCACUCGCUCGGAGGUGCCGUCAUUUACAGCACGUUCCAGGAGAUGGCUUUGUUGAAAGCUCAGCAGACCGAAGACGAGUUGAACUAUCUGCCGGCGGUAACCAACGCCGUAAGUUUCGCUGGGGCGUUUGUCGUUCCGGACGCACCGGAACCCCUUGCUAACAUCGCCAAGGGGCUCGACCCAGAAGGAGGAGCGUUCAUCAACGUCUUUUCGUCGCGCGACAACGUCCUGUCGAAACUCUUUUGGAUGCUGCAACUACCAGGUCCAGCUACAGCUUCAGCUUCAGCUGCUGGUUGCCAAGCCAUUGCGUUUACUGCGCCAAACUGCGUGAACGUCGACGUAUCGGACCUCGUUGUCCCGUCCGCAACCAACCACUUUGGCCACAGCUACACGCACGUUAUGGACGUUAUCAAGGCACGUCUCCAGCCGCAUCUCUUCCGACUCUAG